AAAUAUCAUCUCCAUUAUCAUAAACUAGCUACGUACCAAAGCAUUCUCAUCUCCAUACGUUAGGAAAAAAAAAAUGGCAGCACAAGCCGCCGGAAUCUUCGGACCCGCCAUCACCACCGCCGCCGCCGGCAAUAAGCUCCCUCUCUUCUCCUCCACCCACCGACCCAAAUCACUCUCCUUCUCCAAAACCUCCAUCCGCGCCGAGAAAGCCGAAUCCUCGGCCGCCGCCGCAGCACCGGCGGCCAAGGAAGAAGCUCCGGUGGGGUUCACUCCACCGCAGCUGGAUCCCAACACGCCGUCACCGAUCUUUGCCGGGAGCACGGGGGGUCUUCUCCGGAAAGCCCAGGUGGAGGAAUUCUACGUCAUCACGUGGAACUCGCCGAAAGAACAGAUCUUUGAGAUGCCCACCGGGGGAGCGGCGAUCAUGAGGGAAGGACCGAACUUGCUGAAACUGGCGAGGAAGGAGCAGUGUUUGGCUUUGGGUACGAGGUUGAGGUCAAAGUACAAGAUCAAUUACCAGUUCUACAGGGUUUUCCCCAACGGAGAGGUUCAGUAUCUUCACCCCAAGGACGGAGUUUACCCAGAGAAGGCUAACCCGGGAAGACAAGGGGUUGGGCAGAACAUGAGAUCGAUCGGGAAAAAUGUCAGUCCCAUCGAAGUCAAGUUCACUGGCAAACAGCCUUAUGACUUGUAACUUGUAAGAAGAUGGGUCUCUCUUUCUGUUGUUGUUUACAGACAAACAAUAUGAUGGAUUUAAAGAUGUAAUAUAAUAUUUAUGUUCCCAUUUAA